GUUCGCCAGCUACCCGGAACUCGGAAAACAUAUUCUAGACAUCAUUGAUGUGAAUCGCACAAGGGCAAUUUGUCAGCUGGAGAAAUACCAAGCUAUAUAAGGAUGGAAUUUCACCCCUCUUGAAUGGAAACAUUCAUCAAUCAGUGAGAACCUCUUUGAGCCUUGGCCCAGCAUACGCAAGACAACAACCGAACACCUUCAAGAUGCCCUCGACUUCAGAAAUUGAAUAUGGGUUCACUCCUGUAAUGUCUUCCGCGUCAGCCAUCCUAUCCGCGGCGAAGCCAUCCGCUCCAGCGCCUUUUAUUUCCGUAGCCGAUACUCCCGUCCCCCAAACCCCCUUGUCGCAGCGCAUCAAUCAUUAUGCGCGCUCCCAUCUGCCUGAACCCACAUACAACCACUCUCUGCGGGUGUAUCAUUACGGCCUUGCGAUCAAGCGGCACGUGUUCCCUUCCUGGUCUUUUACCGAUGAGACCUACUUCCUCUGCUGCUUGCUACAUGACAUCGGCUCGACAGAAGAAAAUCUGAACAAGACGAAAUUAAGUCAUGAGUUCUACGCGGGUUUUCUGGCCUUGGACGUUCUUCAAGACCGUACCGGAUCAUCAGGAAACGCCAUCGCGCCUCGGGAUCAGGCGGAGAGUGUCGCCGAAGCAAUCAUCCGACAUCAAGAUCUUUGUGAACAAGGCAAGAUUACUGCCGUUGGUCAAUUGCUGCAGCUAGCUACUAUAUUUGACAACACCGGUGCUUAUGCCGACACCGUCCAUCCGUCAACCAUUGAGGAUGUGUCACGGCAUUACCCGCGCAAGCAAUGGAACAAUUGUUUUGCUGCAGUUAUUCGCCGGGAGAAUGGACUUAAGCCGUGGGCGCAUACUACGACUUUGGGCGAAGAAGCGUUUCCGUCCAAGGUGCUCGGAAACUCCCUGAUGGCACCAUACGAGUGAUCCGGCAAUCUGUAGCGGCAUCAUCUCAGGGAGAUCUCGAUGUAUAAACAUUCUGUUCAC